GAAGAUACAGCAGGUGGCAGCAGCAACAGCAAUACAAUUUUCAGCUCUAUGGGAUACAUGGAGUCGCUGACUGUGGUGCUGAAUCGAUUAAACGCGCCAUGUUCAUAUCUAAAAGAAAAGUUUCAUUAAUGAAGUAACAGUUCAUUUCAGGCCUCCCUCAUACUUUCAGUGAAUUUAAGCUUUCUUUCUGGGAAUUUUUGCUAAUUUCACCCCGAGUGGUAAUGUUUCUUGCUUCCACUUACACAUAUGGUGAAGAGUACUACUGGGAAAACGCGUGCUGUGCAUAUUCCGUGCGAGCCCGAUACACCUGCGUAGGUAACUGACGUCUGGUCCACUGCUGAUAUAAAUGGACCCGCCUCGCCACAACUCGUCAGAAACAAUGUUGAUAGUCAUCACAUUCAAAUGUGUCAGCUCCUCUGAAUGGAGUAAUGAUGCGCACUGAAGCUCCUUUUGUAAAUGUUACGCUGUACCGCGACAUGGAAGAAACCAACGACACAUUCUCCUUAUUUGAGAAUGACACUGGUGUAGAUCACCAAAAUGACAAUGUUACGGUACCCGUCAAGGUUCGGCUAAGUUAUCAGAUCUCUACGUCUUUGCUGAUCGGUGCGCUCAUCCUAUGCUCAAUUUUUGGAAACGCGUGUGUUGUGGCGGCUAUUGCUUUGGAGAGAUCGCUUCAAAAUGUUGCAAACUACCUGAUCGGAUCACUUGCGGUCACGGACCUCAUGGUGUCGGUGCUUGUAUUGCCAAUGGCUGCUCUUUAUCAAGUUUUAGACAAGUGGACACUUGGACAGGUAACUUGUGAUAUUUUUAUUUCUUUGGACAUUUUAUGCUGCACAUCCUCUAUUCUGCACCUGUGCGCUAUAGCUUUGGAUAGAUACUGGGCUAUCACCAACCCCAUAGACUACAUGAAGAAAAGGACAUUAAAACGCGCAGCUUUUCUGAUCACCGUCACCUGGCUUGUCGGCUUUUCGAUAUCCAUUCCACCCAUGUUGAUCUUGAAAUCCCAACCCAAGAGCAAAGCCGAAGACAUGGCAAAUCCCGAAGCUUGUAUGAUUAGCCACGACCCGUGGUACACUAUUUAUUCUACCUUUUGCGCGUUUUACAUACCUCUUAUUCUCAUGUUGGUCUUAUAUGGACGUAUAUUUAAAGCAGCGAGGUUUCGCAUUCGCAAAACAGUUCGGAAAACAGAAAAGAAGAGGGUCAAAUGUUUGACUGUGUCACCUGCUCUUUUCAAGAGAACAAACGGCGAGCUGGGAAAGAACUGGAAAAGCGCAGUCGAACCCAAGCCCGUUGCGUGCGUAAACGGCGCGGUGAAGCACGCGGAGGACGGCGAGUCUCUGGAGAUCAUUGAGGUUCACAGCAACUCCAAAAACAACCUUCCUCUACCCAACACACCAAACUCUGUCCCUCUGUUUGAGAACAAACAUGAGAAAAACACCGAGGCGAAAAGGAAGCUCGCCCUGGCACGGGAGCGCAAAACUGUAAAGACUCUGGGCAUUAUAAUGGGCACUUUUAUUCUGUGUUGGCUGCCAUUCUUUAUUAAAGCGCUUGUGAUGCCUUUCUGUCCAUCUUGCGAUAUGCCUUUAUGGCUUAUAGAUGUCAUUAAUUGGCUGGGCUAUUCAAACUCUUUAUUGAAUCCCAUCAUUUACGCAUACUUCAACAAAGACUUUCAGAGCGCGUUCAAGAAAAUCAUUAAAUGCCAUUUUUGCAGACCAUAGCGGAAGAUUGAUUUGUAUUUGUGAGAAAGCUUUAACCAGUAGGGUACUGAUUGCUCAGAAAAAAGAGAAAUGGUAUUUUGAUGUGUUUUCUCAAGUACAAUAUAUUAUAAUAAAUAAAUGAAUACUUUUAUCUUAAUAGAUGUAUAUGCUAUGUACAUGAUUAAUAUAUGUUCAUAUCAGGUUCACAGAAUGUACAGAAAACAUGUCUAUUGCGUCACACAUGGAUAUGUUCA